UAAUGUGAUUUGACGUAAACUGACAUUUAAGAUUAAAGAAAUUCUUUAGAUUAUGUGUCAUCCAAAUUUCGACGUAAUUGCCGUAUAUACUCUACUGCAUCAACAAGUUUUAGCAAAUUUUAAUCGUUUAUAUAUUUUUUGACGUCUCAUAUAUUUUCCUUUAUCAAAAUGUUUGGACUUAAUUUUCGUCGAAAUUUGGAGUCAACAUUUAGCAAAAUUUUACCGACAAAACCCUUUAAUAUGUGCGGUGUGAGGCAUAUACGAGAACCCUUACAACCUUUAAAACGAUGUCCACGAUGGGUUUGCGUAGAAGAUGCAGUGAAAAUUAUCAAUUCAGAGCAUCUUGUUUUUAUACAAGGAGGUGCAGCAACGCCUAAUGAAUUAAUACGUGCUAUGACUGAACAUGGUGUUUGUAAUAAUUUACGUGGAGUACGAUUAAUUCAUAUGGGUCUCGAGGGUGAUGCACCAUUUGGAAGUCCUGAAUUUGAGAAACAUUUUAGAUCUGUAAGCUUUUACAUCAGUGCUAAUCUUAGAGAGGCUGUUAAUGAAGGCAGAGCAGAUUAUAUUCCAAUAUUUCUUCACGAAGUACCAAAACUUUUUUACGAGAAGAGAAUUAUUCCAGAUGUUGCAUUAAUUCAAGUCAGUGUCCCAGAUGCUCGUGGUUUUUGUUCUUUAGGUGUAAGCGUGGAUUGUACGCGUGCUGCGAUUAGUUCAGCCAAAGUUAUUAUUGCUCAAGUUAACGAACAUAUGCCAAGAUCAUUUGGGGAUACUGCUAUUCAUUCUAGUCAUAUUGAUUGGGCUGUCAAAUAUGACUGUCCUUUACCAUGCGUAGCUAGUACUCCACCAAAUGAGAUUGAGCAAGAAAUUGGCAAGAUAAUUGCACAAAGGCUAAUAGAUGAUGGAGCAACCUUACAACUUGGGAUUGGUAACAUACCUGAUGCUAUUCUCUGUUCUCUUGGUAAUCAUAAAGACUUGGGAGUCCACACAGAAAUACUUGGUGAUACAAUGGUAGAUUUAGCAGAACGAGGGAAUAUUUCAAACAAAAUGAAAAUAAAGCAUAGAGGACGUACGGUCAGUUCUCUGGCAAUUGGUACAAAAAGAGUAUACGACUUCUUACAUAACAAUCCAUUUGUAGGUGUGUACACGCGUCAUUUUUUUAAAUUAUUAAUAUAUAAAAAUUUCUUAAUUCUACAAAUAACAAAGUAUUUAUGCGUUUAUGUAGAAAUGCUUGCAAUUAAUUACGUAAACGAUCCUCGAGUAAUAUUACAACAACCUAAAAUGACAGCUAUUAAUUCUUGUAUAGAAAUGGAUAUUACUGGUCAAAUAUGUUCAGAUAGUUUAGGUUGUAAAAUGUACUCUGGAUUUGGUGGCCAACUUGAUUUUACUCGAGGUGCGGCAUUGGGCCAGGAUGGUCGAGGAAAAGCCAUAAUUGCGUUCCCUUCAGUAACAAGUAAAGGAGAAAGUAAAAUUCAGCCAGUAAUCAAACUUGGAGGUGGUAUCGUGGUAACGAGAGCACAUGCACACUACAUAGUUACUGAGCAUGGUAUAGCAAAUCUUUUUGGUAAAACGUUACGUCAAAGAGCAAAUGCAUUGAUUCAAAUUGCUCAUCCUGAUCAUAGAGAAUGUCUCGAAAAAGCUGCAUUUGAAAGACUUAAAUCUAAUCCAACGAAAUAUUUAUAA